UUCUCUUUCUCACUUCACUUUCAAAAAAACCCCUCUCUCUCUCUCUCUCUCUCUCUCUCAUCAUCUUUAUAACUGGCGUUUUCUCUUCAAUCGAUGAAUUUGAGCUUUUCGCUGUUGUAAUUGGGUUUAGUGAUUGUUGCAUUGCCUUCUUUCACCAAAUCAUGCUGGUUUAUUUCUGAGCGAAACCCAAAGCGAUCACUGUUUUUUACCAGUGUUGUUCAUUUAAGGAGAACAAUGGUUAUGGUGUCUGAGAAUCAAUCUGGAAAUCUGAAUGGUGUCCCUCUUCAGUCUUUGCAGUUCCCAACUAUGAUGGCUACUGAAAAUAUUGUAAAGAAAAAAUUGAAGAUCAAAAUUGUCUCUAGGCGAAUUGAAGCUGAACCCGGGAGAGAAUCUUGUGAACUUGGCCAGCGGGUGUUCCAGAAUGAUGAAUGUGGUCACGGUAUUCGUGUGAGUGAAAAUAAGAAUUCUGAGAUGAAUAAAUCACACAAGUUAGUGAUUACUUCUUCCAGUCACACAAAUGACUCAAAGUCGAAACCCUCUGUAUUGGGCUUUCAUAAACGUGGGCUCCCAGAGGUGGGGGAUGGUCAAAAGGAGAAGAGACGAAAGAUCGAUCGUAGUGUGACGCAUCAGUGUUUUGGAAUUUUGAAACAAUUGAUGACUCAUCGAUAUGGGUGGGUUUUCAAUCAUCCAGUUGAUCCUGUGAAGCUGAACAUUCCUGAUUAUUUCUCUGUUAUCUCUGAUCCCAUGGAUUUGGGAACUAUAAAAACCAAAUUGGAGAACAACUCAUACUCCAGUGUUGAAGAGUUUGCAGCUGAUGUCAGGCUGACCUUUUCCAAUGCCAUGGUGUAUAAUCCUCCUUCUAACAAUGUUCAUGGCAUGGCUAAGGAACUAAAUAAAAUCUUUAAUACAAGAUGGAAAUGUUUUGAGGCAAAAUGGACUCGUGAGCACACAGAUGUGGAGCAGAGGCAUUCAUCAAGUGAAAGAGCAAAGAAUACCAAUAGUCCAGAGCAGACUGACCAUAGAACGUCUUCCGUGCAUGUUAGCUUGUUGCCCAAAAGGUUAAUGCCAGCUGAGGUGAAGCAAAAGUUGAAAAAACAGCUGUUGGAAGUAUCAAGGGAAAAGAUGUCACCACACUUGCAAGGUUUCCUUAAAAAGAUUGGUUUCAAGCAAAGAGAUGGAAGGAUUGACAUGGAUAUAGAUGCCUUUGAUGAUGAAACCUUAUGGGAGCUGAAAAGAAAUAUUGGAUUGCAUUUGGGUGCAACAGCCGUAAAAGCUGAAUCUGCAAUGAAGACAGAAACUACUGGGCAACAAUCAUUAGGGAAGAUCAUCCACAAAGGCACUGAUAGUGGUAAUAGAUGUGGCUCUGCUAACCUCAAUCCGCCAUUGAACUUGGUCACCCCCAAAUGUGGUGGUUCAUGUGGCGGUAUAAGAUGCCAAUGCAGCCUUCAGCGUGAUUUUUCCCACACAUCCUCAAGUGAUUUGUCUUCAGAAAGAUCACUGGGACAAGAUCAUUUCAAUGCUUCCAGAAAGGUCUGUGAGGCAAAAAGCUUGUCGGCAUCCCAGAUGAGCAAAUCAGAUCCCGACUCUGAUGGUGCUUUAAGCGCUUUGGACGAAGAACAAUUUUGUUCAAGUCCACAACUCUCAACUGUAGCUACCACUGCCACUUCUGAGGAAGGUUUGAGUCCACUUAUUGACAUACAACUAUCCCCGAAGAAGGCUCUUCGAGCUGCAAUGCUAAAGAGCCGCUUUGCAGACACUAUCUUGAAAGCAAAACGGAAGACACUUCUAGAUCAUGUUGAUAAAGCUGAUGUUGUGAAAAUGCAGCAGGAAAAGGAGAGACUUGAAAUUCAGCAGCGAAAAGAGAGGGCCAGAAUAGAAGCUCAAAUCCAAGCAGCUGAAGCUGCCUCGCGAAUUAGGGCAGAAGCUGAAAUGAAAACACAGCGGGAGAGAGAAAGGGAAGCUGCCCGACUUGCACUGCAGAAGAUGGAGAAAACUGUUGAGAUUGACAACAAUUUGGAGAGCUUGAAAGAUCUGGAGAUGCUUAGUAGGUGCUCGCUAUCUGACAAUCUCCACGGUUUUCGCAUUGGUAACCUAUUGGAAGAGUUAGGUUUGGUUAUGAAAGAUGAUUUUAUGGGAGAUGAGGAGGAUGAGGUGGCGAUCUUGAAUGGAGACGGAGAGGAGGGGGAGAUCUUUUCAUGAAUCGGGUAACCUGUCUUGUUCUUUGUUUCUGCAGAUCUCUGCUCGUGUAUAAAUUUGUGGGGAGAAGUUGCUGGGUGUAAAAUGAUUAUAUUAUUAUUUUUAAAUUUUUAAAUUUUUUUUGUAGGGUAGAUGUAAUUGUACAAUUAUGUAUUGGGUCAUCAUUAGAAUAUAUAUUAAGAGAGGGAGCUUACAACUUUUCUUACAUCUCUGUUUAUUAUUAGUAAUUUUUUUGAGGGGAUGUAAUUGUGCAAUUUUGUAUUUGGUUAAUAUUGGAAUAUAUUAAUACAAGGUGGAGGGAGCUUCCUAUUUUAGUUG